UCGAUGUGGGCGACGAUGCGGCGCCGCUCAGCCUGGCUGGGGUCGCUGCACUGCACCAGGGCGCGGAGAAGACAGCCGAGGGGCGGAGCGGCGCGUGCGCACAAGGGCGCCGCGGGAAGUUGGAAACCGGCAGGCGGCGCGACCAGGUGGCUGCCCCAAGGAGACAGCCGGGGCAUGGGCCCGGCUGUCGGUUUGGCGCGGCGGCUGCGGACGGCGCUGCAGGAGGAGGAGCUGCGGACUGUGGAGGACUUGCUGCGCCGUGGUGCCGACCCCAAUCUGGUACUCGAGGAUGGCGCGGCGGCCAUGCACCUGGCGGCCAGAGCCCAGCACCUGCGGAGUCUGUGUUGCCUCGAGGCCCUGCUGCGCCGAGGCGGGGACCCCAACGCUCGAUCGGCCGAGGCACUGACACCGCUGCAUGUGGCCGCUGCCUGGGGCUGUCGCCGGGGCCUGGAGCUGCUGCUGAGCCAGGGAGCAGACCCCGCGCUCCGCGACCAGGACGGACUCCUGCCUCUGGACUUGGCGGAGCAGCAAGGGCACCAGAACUGUGCCCGUGUGCUUCGGGAGCUGGAGACUCGGACCAGGGCCCCAACCCGGACCUGGAAAGGCUCCUGGAAGCCAGAACCUGAGCCAGAGCCUGGAGGUACCGGCAAGGACGUGCGCCUGGAGGCUGGCCCUGGACCCCCCGGCCUGCUUGCCUACCCGGAGACUGCUGACACAGAUGGUGGAUUGGAGUCCCCACUGGGGCGCUGGGACUGCAGCUCGGUGACCUCCUUUGUCACUGCUGUUGAGGCCUCAGGAGCUGAGGAUCUAGCUGGCCACACCUCCCCCUGGACCGGUGUCCGACUCUCCCAGAGGGUGCCAAGAUCUCUGGGCACCCUACAGCUGGCACAUCAACCCCUCAUGGAGGACAGGGAGGCAGAACUAAAUGCCCAUCUGCAGGCCCUGACUCUGACCUUGCCGGAUGAUCCCCCCUCCCCUCAGUUCUUCCCAGACAGAAGCUCAACCCAUAGUCCCCCUUGGGAACCGCUGCCUGGACCUUCUGACACCCACAUCCCAAGAGAGGACCAGCUAUCCCCCGACAGUGAUUUGGCUGCCCUCUGGCUGACAGAGGAUGAGGCAAGUGCCACAGGGGGCAGGGACCCCAGCCCCUGUGACCAGUGUCCACCGGACCCUACCAUAUCUGACCUGGAGCUGCUGAAAGGGCUCCGGGCGCUUGGCAAGAGCCCAGGUCCCAUCACGUCCUUCACCCGGCCACACUACCUCCGACGGCUGAAAGAAGCCCAGGCUGCUCCUGGCCCAGAUUUUUCAGGGCACAGCCCAGAGCUGGCCGAAGCCCUGCGCACAGGCCGUAUCCCAGAUGCCCAAGCUGAUGAAGAUGCACUUGUCCAGCAGUUCGAGCGGCCAGACCCCACCAGACGGUGGCGGGAGGGGGUCGUGAAGUCCAGCUUCACAUAUCUGCUGCUGGACCCCAGGAAGACUCAGGACCUGCCAGCCCGAGCCUUCUCACUGAGCCUAGCUGAAUGCCUUCGGAUUUUUGUCCAGGCCAUCUUCUACGUGGGCAAGGGAACACGGGCCCGGCCGGACAUUCAUCUCUGGGAGGCCCUUAACCACCGAAGACGGCCAGGAAAACAGGCCUGUCCCAAGGUACGCCGGAUCCUGGACAUUUGGGCCACUGGUCGUGGCGUUGUUUCCCUGCAUUGCUUCCAGCAUGUGGUCCCUGCAGAGGCUUACACUCGAGAAGCAUGUCUUGUGGAUGCUCUAGGAAUCCAGAUGCUGACUAACCAGAAGCAAGGACAUUGUUAUGGAGUGGUGGCUGACUGGCCCCCCACCCGGCGCCGCCGCUUGGGGGUACAUCUGCUGCACCGUGCUCUCCUUGUCUUCCUGGCUGAGGGUGAGCGAGAGCUACGGCCCCAGGACAUCUAGGCUUGUGCCUGAGCACUAGGGAAUUGGCCAGUUAACCUAAGUAGAGAUCAGGGUGUUUGAACAUUUCAGCUGCCCCUGCAUUGAGAGCAGCGCCGCACCCCCCCCGCCCCCCACUGCCCUCCCAUCUCCAGCUCCAGAAGGCUGGUAAGGGAGCAGCAAGACAGAUCUCCUCCUUGGGGUAAGGGAGGACUUUAUUACAGGUGGAACUGCUGGAUAGGUAGUGAGCUCCCUGUCAUGGGAGGAGAACAAGUCGACCAGAAGGUUCUUUGGAACAUGGUGCUUUGACAAUGUCAGUGCUUUGGCAGUUUGGUCCUAUCUGAGCAAACAAGUGACCAUUUUUAUCUCCCUGAUACAGAGGACCCACAGUGUAGGUUGUGCUGGGGGUUCCUGAGCUACAUACAGGGAAUCUGCCCAGCUCAAGAGUCAAGUUUUGCUGCUUCCCAGCUGUGGGACCUUGGACCAGUAAUUUCUCUGUCUGAGCCUCAAUUUCCCAAGUUGUACACAAUGAGGAAAGUGCAAAAUUCUACCUCAGGGGGACAUUGAGGGAAUCAGAUUAAACCGUCAUGGGGUAAAGUGUUUGGCUCUGAGCCCUACUGACCCAGAGAUGGCCUUGCAGCCCAGGUGGAAAGUUUCUGGUGGAACGGGGUGGGGGGCAUGCAGGAUGUUCCUGAGGGGUGUGUUGUGUGUUGAGGGGUGGGUAGAGCUGGAGAUUCAUUAGAAGGACUGAUGCUGAAGCUGAAACUCCAAUACUUUGGCCACCUGAUGUGAAGAACUGACUCAUAGGAAAAGACACUGAUGUUGGGAAUGAUUGAAGGCAGGAGAAGGGAAUGACAGAGGAUGAGAUGGUUGGAUGGCAUCACUGACUCUACGGACGUGAGUUUGAGCAAGCUCUGGGAGUUGGUGAUGGACAGGGAAGCCUGGAGUGCUGCAGUCCAUGGGGUCACAAAGAGUCGGGACACAACUGAGUGACUGAACUGAACUGAACUGAGAGCUGGAGAAGUCAUCGCAGCGUGGGUGUGAGACACCAGCCCUCCUUGGGAUCGCUGUGUGACUGGAACCUCCUGGUGUUGCUUCUCUGAAUCUGUGUCUUCCAUUAUAAAAUGAGAUUAACCUUGACUUUACACAAAGAGCUUCAGUAAAUGCCAAGCUAUUAUCCUA